CUCAACUGGACCAAGGCGUAAAGUCAAUCGAUAAAGAUAUUCGCAAAGUGAAUCGUGCCGAAUUUUUGCAUCUCAUCUGCAAUGCAAACACACGCGCAUAAAAGCGAGGCAGUGGUGUACUUGAUGCACCGGAGGCGCGUGCUACCUUGUGCCUUCGUGAAGGACAGGUUGGAGCCGUCAAGGGCGACAAAGAACUCCCUGCAUGCAUCACAUCAUCCAUGGGCAGCACAAAGUAUUCCUUUCGAUAUGGUCUCCAACUGAGAGCGUGAUCUGACCUGUCGAGAGUGUUCUUGCCGCCAAUCCAGCCGCUUCCUGAUGAUUUGAGCAGUAUCUCACGACAUUCCCUGAAGAAGUGUGAAUGUACACGAAGGCAGUAGCAACCUCAUCGCCACCCGAGGCUGCUUACGGGUCGGUGUCGGUGAAUACUGCAUGCAUGUUCUGCACCACGUGGCUCUCAUGGGGCAGCAGAGACGAAGAGCACUUCUCUUUCCCACUUGCAGUCGCACGGUUCGACCUGACCCGACUCACAGCACACAAGCUGUGCUGCGUUCGAAUCCUCCCGAUUCCCAUGCGCCUCACUUUCUCACUGCAUGAUUCGCAGCAUUGAAGUACACAAAACGAUACGAAUCUUCUUGGCUGCACAAACAAACACUCGAGCGCACAAAAUGUCGCUCGCUUACGUCCCUCCCUCCCAUCCUCCCGUCUCCGCACGACAACAAUUUGCGGGUACCUACCUCAUGAUGCGAGUGAAUUGCUCGUGUACGGAUGGGAGGAGAUCUUUGAGCCCCCCCGGUGAAUAGACGGCCGCCUCGUGCAGCGCUGGCACUUCACCAGGGUCGAACGCCAGCCGGGCUCUCCGAUCGACACUGUCCCCCUCAAGCCCGCCGUGGAGCACCAUCACAAGCAUGAUGCCCUGGUACUGAGUGCAGACAACACAAUGACCCAAAGUGACGGAGCGGAUCUCCGCGUGCAUCGUGCAUGCCGACCAGAAAGGCUAGUAGCUGCCCGGUUGAUCCAUUGUGAAGAGCAAUGGGUGGCACAAACAUCGAGGACGCCCCAGAGCCGGUAGGCACGCUGAUGAGAAAAGCAAGCACACAUCAACAGGCAAGCCACAAGCCAUCGGCGCUUGCUCACUUCGACGGCCCGAAUAUGAAUCCAUCCUCAUUCCCUUCGAGCAGCUGUACGCGGCCGAAGCUCGAUGACCCUCCACCAGGCUGCAGGGACACACAUAAACACACACAUACGUGCGUACACAGAUUUGCACAACGUGUCGACAUCCUUACCUGCGAUGCUGCCGUCGGCAUCCGCCCGAAAGGCCGUCGAUUGAGCUUGUGAUUUGAUACGUUGCCGUUAGCGUAGGACACGAGAUAGGAAUACAGCAAGCGCAUGUCGGCGGGUGGGAGACUGAACGGAUGGCACACAAGAGCAACACUGCUUGCCGCCCUUCAUGGCUGUGAAUCAAUCAAUCAAUCAAUCAGUACUCCUCCCGUACCCGCUGUAGACGAGGUAUGCAUCAUAAAGCAGGGCUGCGUAGCGAAUCACGGGAAAGUUCCGCUGCAAAACGCUCAGAAACGACUGUGAGGAAGAAACCAGAGACAAGCAAACGAUCUCUCCGGGCACAAAAAAGUCCUAGUGAGUGACGUUGUGCAGCCACCUGUAUGGCCAAGUAGGUUCCCCUCUCAACUGGACCGAAGUGAUAGCCAUCCAUCUCUGAAGCCGGUGAGUGGCGGCAACACAUCACCUGACAAGGUACUUACUGCUCACUCACCGUGCAGUAUCGUCAGGUCGCUGCAGUCGAUAGUGGCAAUGUAUGCGGGAAUGAAGUCCUCAAAAAGGUCACACAGCCUGCUCUUCCGGUCACAGAAUGACCGUAUGCGGCCAUGGAGAAGUGUGAAGACCUCGUGGCAGUUGCGAAGUAGCUGAGCAGGGCGAGAGGCAAGGAAACAACCCCCACAUAGAUACAAGACCGAUGUGCCUUCCUUUCCUGUCCACCCACCGCGAGAAGCACGGUGUCAGAUACGUCAUCGUCGUCCCAGUCUGUGGCGUCCGCACCGUCGAGUCCGCUGGUUGUUGAGUGAAGGAGCGCCUGCCAUAAUGGACAAGCCGGACAUGGGCUGGCUUCCUUGCCGGUGUGCGAAUGAAUAGCUAACCUCACCAUUGCCAUCCAGAUGCUGGGUUCACACUCCCUGGCAACGAUAAGAUGCUGCUGGGUGCGCACUGCCCUGAACGCGGGAGAGCCCUCACUUUCCCUGAACAUCCUGCAAGCAAGCAAACAAAAUGAGAUCAUGUUGCUUCACGAGAAUCAUGCAGGAAGGAUGGUGAGGAUCCUCUGUGUGACCUGACCUUGUGAAGGAGAUAAGUCCUUCCACGAGUCCCACUUGCUGCCUCUUUUCCUCCGGGCUGGCGCCUGACGGGUGGUAGUAGAUGAUCUUGGCAUCCUGCACAUCCUCCUCUGUCGGCUUCUUUCGAUGCGCCUUCCGGCUGGGAUCAAACACCAACACCGAGGCAACGCUCAUUCUUCUCUGUGUGCUGCCGCACGCUCUGCA